GACAAUCAGGUGUUUAAAGGAACACAUACACCAGUUUGUGUAAACAGCUAGCCACCAAGACUCCUGAUGUGAUAACCUUGGAAUAAGGUUGCCUUUGAAAAAUUUCCAGAAGUUAUAGCUAAUUAAAGGGGAGCCACAGAACUAUUGGGUAGCUGGAAAGGUACAUGUGACUGAUUCCUGACUCUUCAAGAAUCUAGUCGCAUUGGACUGUGGCUGGUUCCAGACAUCUCAAGGGCCAUGAGACUAGCAGGCCCGCUUCGCAUCGUCGUGAUUGUGUUGACCGCAGGGCUAACUUGGAUCCUUGUCAGCAUCUUGCUGGGUACCCAAAGUGGCUUCUCCCGCCUGCAGCAGCUCCUCAGCAGUCCUGAGAAUCCUCCCACUCCAGGUUUGGACAACAUGCUCGAGUGGAUCAGCAUAGUCCCGGCACAGAUCAAUGCAGGCAGCCACAGUGGGCCUCGCAAAGCCAGACCCAAGAAGUACAAGUGUGGCCUUCCAAGGGCCUGCCCAGAAAACUCAUUUGCCUUCCGGAUCACUAGUGGUGCAGCCAAUGUAAUUGGGCCCAAGAUCUGCCUUGAGGACAAAAUGCUAAUGAGCAGUGUGAAAAACAACAUAGGCCGGGGCCUGAACAUUGCACUGGUGAACGGGGUGAAUGGAGAACUGAUCGAUGCCAAGUUCUUUGACAUGUGGGCAGGAGAUGUGAACGAUCUGUUAAAAUUCAUCCGGCCAUUGCAUGAGGGGACGCUGGUGUUUGUGGCCUCUUAUGAUGACCCUGCCACAAAGAUGAACGAGGAGACUCGCAAAAUCUUCACAGAACUGGGCAGCAGAAUUGCUCGGGACCUAGCCUUUCGGGACAGCUGGGUCUUUGUAGGGGCUAAAGGGGUACAGGACAAGAGCCCCUUUGAGCAGCAUGUCAAAAACAGCAAGAGUUCCAACAAGUAUGAGGGCUGGCCAGAAGCACUGGAGAUGGAGGGCUGCAUCCCCCAGCGGACUGCGGAGGUCUAGUGAAGACCUGUUUCCAUUGGGUCUCCAACAUCUUUGUCUGUGUGGUAGAGAAGCCAUCCACCUGUUGCUGUCUUCCCUUGCAGUGGCAGCUAUCCAUCUCCCUCCUCUGUGGAAACCUCUUCUAGCUCCGACUUGACCAGGCAAUCAAUUUUCCUCUCCAAAGGCCCUGUCUUACUCAGGGCCUCAGAAGUGAGGUAAUGCAAAAAAUAACUCCCAGUCAGCCCCAGACCCUCCCCUAGUGCCUUAUUUCUUUUCUGGGCAGAGGAGUUAAUCCAGUGUGCUCCUGUUCCUCUGAAUUUGGGGAGCAAAUUGGUACCCUCUGCUGAAAUACUGGCUCAGGAACUCUGUCUGGAAGAAGCCUGGAUAUUUCUGUUGCAACAUGCUACAGCAGAGCAGUGGUGGGUACAGCCAAAACCAAAAGAAGGCAGGGACACCCCACUGUAUUCUGACAGCAUAAUCACAUGCAGUGGAAUGUGGGAUAUUGUGUUGUCUGAACCCUACUCCUUAAUUGUGAACAACCCAGGAAGAGAACCCAUGGUUUGUUGCUGAGUUGUGAGCUGUGGGUUAUUCACCAUGCUUUCUUUUCUUUGCUGGGUUCAGACACCACAACCUAUGUUUCAAAAGCAGCCCAUGCUCAAGCCUUGUGUAUGGGUUGUGUUUUCUGAAUCCAGUUACUAUUUAUUUCCAUGUUGCACCCUUUCCUCUCUCUCUCCUUUCUUUCUCACACAGCUGCAGUUUCUUCUUAGGCAGACAUCCUUGCACCCCUUGCACACAUACACACACAGCCCUUUGCACUACCUAACUGCUUCCCAUCAUCCAGAUGGGCAGACCUUGAACAGCAAGGUGGACCAGCUGGGGAAGCUCUGUGGGCCACAUCUGGCAUAUGGACUUGAGGUUCCCCACCCCUGUGCUUCAGGGACUGUUCCUUUCCUAUUCUUGUUCAUAUAACACCUUUGCAGUUACAAACAGUUCCUAAAUCUUUUAUUGUUUUGCCAAGCUCUUGAAAGAUACCUAAUUGCUGUUUCCUGCCUUGUUGGUGUUUUCCUUAUGAUAGGAAGGGGCGAGGUAUCCGACCCUGAUCCUUACAGACAGAGUUCUUUAUAUUGCAGUGGAGGUAAUCAAUGUGGAAUAUUUCUGUUUCAAAACCCAUGUUGCUUAACAGCCUCUCCAAUAAACAAUGUGCACAACU